CAUAUUAUUCUGUACUGGUGUUGUCAAAAGUUAGAUAUACAUUUUUGUUGAAUGGUGUUAAGAUCGAAUUUUCCACAGUGAAAGUGCAUUAGAAUAAAUUAAUUAAUUAAGUGAAUAUCUGAACACAACACACAAUGGAAUGAACAAGUACCAUGUUGGAGAAGUCGUCUAAAAAUCAUUAUUUUCGCGCUUAUAAUAACGGAGAAACCGGCAGCCAUGUUGUGGUUUCGUUCUUGACAAGCAUCAUGGGUUAGUGCAGUGAAGUUGUCGUAUCUUUUCUGAAGAAAAUCGGUUUUUCUUGAAGUUGGAAUAUUUACAUCUGAUGCUAAUCUGUGUGGAUUUAUCCAAUAGGUGUUGUAAAACGAUUAUUAGCCUCGUAAACGAUGAUACUGCGCAUUAUUGGCGUCGUGAUUCGUACUAGCGCAGGGAGUCAACUGCCUGGCUAGUGGCUAACGACUACUAGGCUCGAGCAUCCCUAGUUGCGGGAGGUGAACAAAACCUACGUCGGGACCUUGUGUUAGCGCCCUGGAGUUCGCUCCCGCUCCCGGUAUGGCUUAAAGUGAGAAGUGACAUAUGAAGUGAUUUUUAUUCGGUCUUUCGUGCUAAGUAUGGCCCAGGUUCUGGAAAAAGACCCAGCCACGUAUUCUAAGGAGCGUGAUGGAUUCAUCCGAGAUCUCCAACAUUUCCACGACACUAGGGGUACCCCAUUCAAGAAGCUCCCAACCAUUAGUGGAAGGGAAGUGGACCUCUAUCUGCUUUACACCCUAGUAACAGCGCAAGGAGGAUGGUUGAAGGUCAAUUCGAAGAAUGCGUGGCCAGAUCUACUUCAGCACUUCCACCUGCCUUCGAAGUGUGUCAAUGGAAGCAUCGCCUUGAAGCAGGUUUAUUUGAGGUAUCUGGACCGAUGGGAGAAGGUUCACUUUCUGGGAGAAGAGGGCGACCGAGGGAGCGAUGACGACGAGGAGGGCCGUCAUAAGAGAUGCUCCGCCCGAGCGUUGCACAUGGUGCCGCUGACCUACAAUUACAAUCAACACGUAGUAAACGAGGCCAAUCGAGAAUUCAACCAUCUAUCUACAAAUCUCUUCAAGCCAACUGACUACGAUCGUCUUGCCCUCUCUCUAAUAUCUCCUUUACCCAACGAGCAGGACUUUGCAAUUAAUGUAUGCACAUUAUUAUCAAAUGAUGGGAAGCAUACAUUGAAAGUUGAGAAGAAUCCUAGGUUGUUGGAUUAUUUAUUAGCCCAUGCUGGGGUAUUCAAUCAUGUUUCAACAAGAAAACUUUUUCUCUAUAAUUACAACGUAGUUAGGAAACACCCCAUCCACAACUUCUGGGAUGAAGUGCUCGAUUCCAAAGACAUUUUGGAACUCAUACAAUCGCCUGACGAGGUAGAAAAGAAAGAAUCGCCGGGAUCACCAAAAAAGCCUAAUGACCCUCCCACUACCACAACACAAGUAUUGGAAAACUGUCAAGUGGAGACUCCUAUGGAAGUCGAUGUAAAUAGAAAUGAACAUGUUAUUAGUGUUGAUGAAAGUGACGGUGAACUGUUUAAUUUAGAUGAUAGCUCGAAUCGAAAGAAGUCGAGUCGAAAGAUAACUAUAGAUCCUUUGGAUAGAGAUCUGUUCUGCCUUGAAAGGACGCUCGGCACUCAGGACUAUGUUGGGCAGAGAGUGUUACAGAUCGCGACCAUACUUCGUAACUUGAGUUUUAUUGAGGAUAACGUUCCGAUUCUAGCGAAGAAUAGGACUUUUGUGCGGUUCAUUCUUUUGUGUUGCUGUUCGAAGUGGAAUUAUUUGAAGAAUCUCGGAUUGGACAUGCUCGGUAACAUCGCGGGUGAAUUCGAAGUGCGAGAACUAAAUCAAGAUAAAUUAGCGACAGCCUUGUUGACCAUCAUAACGAGGGGUUUGGAUUCCCAAGACCGACUGUGGUGUCUUUCGUCCCUAGAAAUGUUGAACAAAUUGAGCCAAAAUGAAAAGAAUGAAGAUGUCAUGUUGAGAUGUUUGGAAACGUCGGUUUAUGAAAAAGUCUGUUCUUUUCUCACCAUUCAUGAUGUCAUGUUACUCAUCUAUACCCUGGAAUGUUUGUAUUCCUUAUCAUCAUUAGGGGAAAGAUCCUGUAAUCUUAUUGUUAUGAAUCAUGGAGUGGUUGACACUCUGGUUUCUUUAGUUACUGUUGAAGGUAAAAGUUAUGGUCCCAAGGCAUGUAUCGGCAUGAAAUUGGUCGAAACUGUAUCAGGAGUCGUACCUAUGGCAGCUUCCUCAGUUAGUAACUCGAAUUCUACAACUAAUACCAGUGUAGUCCAAACACCUUCAUCCAUAUCUACUUCAGUAUCUUCCACCACUAUGUUAACGCCAAAACCUAUUUCCACUUUCAAUACAAUUCAAAAGGUGGGGUCUGGUUCUACAGUGAUGAAGAGUAUGCCUAUGCCUAUGCCCCCUAAGAAUAUGACACAAAAUACACCUGUCCGAACCAUACAGAUGGCGCCACAAAGACUAGCUACAACUUUACCGAGUCCGCCUAUUGCCACUGCAGUACCUGUAUCUGUACCUAACAGUACGCAAUCGGGUAAUCAAAAUUCACAGUCGUUAACGCCUCAACAAUUGAUCCAACAGCAGCAUGCACAUCAACAAGCAAUCCAUGAAAAUGAGCAGUUUGCUCUUGCGUGGUUGAGGGCAACCUAUGAACCAUGUAACAACAGUAAAGUAAAUAGUCAAGAACUCUAUAAACACUAUAUUAAUUCAUGUACAAAAAUCGGUAGACAGGGUGUCAUUUCUCCAUUGCAUUUUCCACGAUGUGUGAGGUCUGUGUUUGGAGGAACAGUGGGACCAAAUCCCAUGAAGCUAAGCAACCCCAAGGAUCCCCAAUUUUAUGAUGGUAUUAAGGUGCGAGACCACCCACUUAUAAUCAAUGUUCCACCAUCUUCUCCCAUUCCCAGUCCUCAGCCAACAGCAACACCCAAAACCACUCGGCGGAAACCUAAACCGAAAGACACCUCCAAAAUACCUCCCACAGUUAGUAAUACCCCAUGUAGUUCCUCGAUCAGCUUAACUCAGUCUCAGGUGAAUAGCUCGCAGGGUAUUGCAACAGCUCUAACUCCCAAAGAUAAUAGUAUAUCGCCUCCUGCCCCUCAGCCACCUCAGCUCUCUCCAGCCCUUCAAGCGGAGGCGCCUGAGGGAGGGGCCUCUCCCGCAUCCCCAAUCCUCAAGGCCCAGUUGAGUGCUCCCCCAAAACAAAGAGAGACGUCGGCUGCAUCCCUCAGUUCGGCCCUUAUUAAAACCGAUCCAAAGAAUCAGGCCUUAGCACAUCCUCAUUUGAGCCAGGCUCUAUUGGGAAACUCCAGUACCAGUACCACCACGUUCACAACAACAACAUUGAUAACAAAUAAAGACGGCAGCCAACAGCAAAUCAUAUCAAACCAACAAGGAGCUAACACCUCACUUAUUAAGAGUUUGUUGGCUAAUAAGGUAAACGAGUGCAUGACCGCAGUGAGCAUGAGGACUGCAGAGUGUCAAAAAGUAGUUCAGGUUGCGGAAAGACAACAGAGGCUCCUAGCCCAACAGGGUCAAACGUUUUCGAAUAAAACACCAAUUAAGACAGAACAGCAGGCUAACGUUAGAUUAAAUGGGGCCAGACAGUUGUUUGGGGAUGAGGAAGUCGGUGAUCCAUCCGUAUCCUCAACUACUCCAUUUGCGAAUACCACGAAAGGAAAGAAGGAACCUCCACAACCUCCACCUCCACCACUAGCACCUCUCACUGCUACCGCGCAGCUGAGGAUGGUUAGGCCCCCUGUCAAAGUCGAUAAUGAAGACAGCGAUUCUAUCGGUAACAAUUCAUUGGCUUCUAGUAUCGUUGGAGUUGGGGGUAUUUCUUCAACUGAGGAUGGAGAUAAUUCGCUAACUAGUUUUGAAGGCUUGUUGAAUGGAGUUCCUAAUAUUGAUAAUCCAUUGAACGAAGAUAGCAACUCGAAAGAUUCCACUGGUGAAAUAACAAGAAGUAAACCACUGAGGCUGGCAGAUUUAUUAGAGAAAAAGAUUGAAAAAACCCCACCAGUUAUUGUCAAUGGUUCUUUAGGAAAAGACUUGAAAAUUACUGCCAAAGGUUUGGAGUUGGUAGAAAACCAUAUAGAAAAGGCGUUGAUUAGGGACAAGAAUAUCCAAAUGGUGAAAACUGAUCCAGAAAUCAAACAAGAAAUUCAAACUGGAAUUAAGAGACCUGCUACUGAAGAUAUUUCUAAAGUAGAAGUGAAAAAACCCUGUCUUGAAAAUAUUAAUGGAAAUGCGCCUUCUCCCAAUCCGGAUUCACUGGAUACUAAGCAGGAUGAGCCGGAUGAAGAAGAAUCAAGAGGCAGUGCUAGAGUAUCGGAUGCAGCAGCUAAGCUAUUUGCUGAUAUCGCAGCAGAUAUAUUGGAGGAUGAAGAUGAGGAGCAACUUUUACAAGAAGCUCAACAACCAGCGCAACCACCAACUGUAUCAGUUGACACAUCUAUAGGUACAACUCCGUCCGUGGGCCAAUUGGUAAUGGACAAUGGAACGGGACAGAUGCUUAUCACAACACAGCCCCGACAGAUAAUUAUGUCGCAGUCAAACCCUUCGAUGAAAACAGCUUCGGUUCCACAGCCUCAACAAACGGUGAUUGUGCAGAAUUCUGCACAACAACGAGCUCCUGUAAUGCUGCAACAGACUAACUCCGGCCAAAUUCUUCUUUCUCAAGGUCUGCAAGGUCAAGUACAGUUUGUUACGAGCGGACAGGGUGGACAACAAUAUGUUCUUCAGACUGGUGGUACUCCUGGCACUUACAUGGUAGCACAACCACAAACAGCUAUGGUACAUGGGCAACCACAAACUGUGUUAGUAGCGCAAACUGCGCAACAGCAUGCAACUGGAGCGAAAACCAUAAUAAUAUUACAGCAACAACCUUCUUCUGCUAAUUCAUCUCAUCACCAAAAGGUUAUGGUUACGCCCCAAGGUCAGCAAGUUGUGGUGACCCAAGUACCUAGGCCAGUUAUCCAUACCUCAGUGAGCAACAUUGUUCAAACUUCAACAGUUAUCAAGUCUAAUCCAGCAUCGAUAAUUACAACAUCAACGACUACUAGUACGGCAAAUUCUAAUGUGACAGUAUCGCAGACUGUCAAACAAGAAGAUUCAAAACCAAAAAUCUUCAAAGGAAAGACAGUCAAAGAUACCACACAUCUCUUCAUCUGUGAAUGGAUUGAUUGCACAGUGACAACAAAUUUCAAAUCGGCAAAUGAGGUAUAUCUUCAUGCCUGUGAGGCUCAUUGUCCACAGAAUAAUGUCGAAGAGGUUAUUUGUCAGUGGGACCGAUGUGACAACUUGAAAAGGAAGAAAUUUUCAUUGAUGACGCACCUCCAUGAUAAACACUGUAAUUUAGAAGCUAUGAAGCAGUCUUUAGUGAAAAGAAAAACACAACCAAAUUCCGGUAAACCUGAACCAGUGGCUCCCCCUGUCAGCACGUCCCCUCAUCCUGGUUACGCUCCUGAUGCUGCUCUUCAUGCCAUCAAGAGGCAUGCACUUGAGUUUGUAAAUCCAAAGGAACUUCAGCAAAAACAGACGAAACAGAACACACUCAACAGUGUGACUGUUAUUGCAGCACCAAAGGUUGUUCCACCUUCAACUGAUCAGGAUGACAACGAGGGGCCAGUAACGAAAAGUAUUAGGUUAACAGCAUCACUAAUUCUGAGAAAUCUUGUAAUCUACAGUGGAAAUUGUAGAAGGUACUUAAAACAUUACGAGUCUCAUUUAGCAAAUGUAGCUCUCAGUAAUGUCGAAUCAUCUAGAACCAUAGCCCAAAUUUUGUACGAUAUGAAUGAAGGGUCAAAUCACAGGUGACCUAAUCAUAGAAAGAAUAAAUGAACAAUCGAAUUUAAGAAAAGUACAGAUCUCCAGUGAUAGUGUUUGAGAAUUGAACAGAAACUGAGAACUGUUCGGAAAUGCUGAGUGAUUGUGGAAAAUCUAAAACAUUUAUAUAUAAGCAGUCUGUAUAAAUUAUUAAGUGUACAAAUAUAAUUUUUAAUAGUAGGUAACUAAAACAAAAAGCCUAAUUGUUAUUUUUAUAUUAAUUUUCUAGUGUAUUGAAGCUUUUUCAUGAUAAGCAUACUACUUAGUUAAAGAACGAACUUUCAGUCUUUUCACUUUAUAUCAUUAGAACCAGUUCUCAUCAAAGUUAAUCCCCUCUUCUCCUCCGUGCAAUGAAUUAUCCGACGGGAGUCGGUGACAUCUUGUAGAAAUGUAAAUAAUUGUGAUUAUAAGCUUGUAUGGUGGACGAAAUUAUUUUAUUUUGAUGAUGAAUAUAAGUGAUGGGAAUAUUUAUUUUCGAAUAAUAUAUUAUGUACAAAUUUAAAAGUUGAUCAGCUUUUUAUGUUGAUCCAUAAAAAAGUAAGUUAAGAAAACAGAAUAGAAACUUUUCCAAUUUCAGAUUACAACCUGUAUUUGACAUGUUUUUAUAUAAGCAAUUUUGUUUUGUUUUCCAGAAACAAGAAAACUAUUCCUUUGAAACUUUAUUUUGUAGAUUAAUAUUGUAGUUCAAUAGUUUUUCACUUUAUAAUUGUUAGAGCAAUUUUUUUACAUACAUAUUGUCGUAACGGAAUUUAUCGAUUAAUUCAUGAAGAUUAUUUAUAUUUUUAUUGAGAAUGUUAUUUAUAUUGUAUUUUUCUUAACUUGAUUGAAUAAAAAUUUUAAGUGAUAGAUAUAUAUCACGAUAUAUGAUGAUCUGAACUUCCGGAAUUGUUUAGUUCAAUUUACAAUGCUUCCCUUUUUAUUUAUUUUCAUUUAUUCUUUUACUACCAAUUUUUAUCAAAGAGGUAAACAUUUUAUUGGUGGCCUUUUUAUGAUAUACUAAUUGUAGGGACCCGUAGAAAAAUUUUCUAUAACCGAUAACUUCAAUUCCAUCUGACAAGCAUAUUCUUAUGAAAUGAAUUCUUAUUAUACACAUGUCUAAAUAUGGGAGGAAUAAAACUGGGAAUCGAUUUUGAAAAGUUUAUAAGUUCUGAAUUUUCUUACGAUUUUUAUGAAAAUAUAUUUCUCAAGGCAGUGAAUAUACAUUUUAGUGGUAUCUGCGUUUUUGAGUGCUACUUGAUUGAUUUUAUAUAAGAUUUGGAAGGCUGAUAACCAAAUAAAUUUUGUAUAUUUUGAUUCAGUUUCUUCGAAAAUUCUAUUUUGUCCACACUACAUGUAAUAUACGAAACACGUAAAAGCACAUGAUUUAUUUAAAUAAUCAGUAUUAUCUCAUGAAGAUGUAAACUUGUUAUUUUGACGUACUUGUAAAAUGAAAACAGAAAGAGGCAUUGAAUCUCUUCAUUACUACUUGAAUAUCUGACUGAAUUUUUCGUGUGGAUUUCUUUUCAAUUUCUAUGUGCUAGAUAAUUCAUCAUCUCUACGUACCAAUAAACAAAUCUGUAAGGAUUAAUUAAAUAAUUAAUCAGAUGAUUACAGGAAAUAAAAUUGCAUUUAAUGUAAAGAAUUUUUAUUUGCACUUCUUUUGUUUGUAGUGAAAUCCUUCAAUAGAAGUCAGACUUUUUAUAA